AGGCACCACCAUGAUAAAGUUUCUGCUGAUGGCUUUGGCAUUUGGUCUGGCUCAUGCUCAGGCUGAGCUUGAAGGAAAGUGGGUUACCACUGCCAUCGCUGCUGACAAUGUGGACAAGAUAGAGAGAGGAGGACCACUGAGGCUCUACAUUCGUAAAAUUACUUGUACUGAGGCAUGUAGUAAAAUGGAAGUCACAUUUUAUGUCAAUGAGAAUAACCAAUGUUCACAGACCAAAAUCACUGGGUAUAGGCAAGAAGAUGGCAACUACAGAGCCCAGUUUGAAGGUGAUAAUGUAUUUAAACCUGUGGCUGCAACAGAAGACAUCAUAGUCUUUGCCAGUGAGAAUGUGGAUAGAGCCGGCCGGACAACAAACUUGGUUUUGGUUGCUGGAAAAGGUCAACCUUUGACACCUGAACAACAUGAAAAACUUGAGGCAUAUGCUAAGGAACACAACAUUCCACCAGAAAACAUUCGAGAUCUUCUUGCUACAGAUACUUGUCCUAAAUAA